UUCCCAGGUAACUUUUAGACCGGAAGUGUCUCAUACCGUAAAUUGCUGGUAACUGACGUAAAAUCAGCACGUAAAGUCGCCGCGCGCAAAAGACAACAAAUCCGUAAAAGUCGGAUGGGAAAAGCAAAAAUAACAACAAUACACAUGCUUGUCAACUAUCUUGACGUUGAAAGUAAAGGUUUUGAAGAACAAUGUCUGAGACCUUAAUCCAGAGAAUAAAGGAGCUGGAGGAGGAAGUGGAGAAGCUCAAAUCCCAGCUGAAUGGGAACCACACGGAGACCAAUGCAUGCCCCAAUAAUAAUAAGACAAAUGGUAAAAAAGGAAAGAAAGCCUGCAAGGAGCGACCGUUUGACUUUUCCGCACACCCUCGCCGCCACGUUGCUCUGCGUCUAGCCUACUUGGGAUGGGCCUACCAGGGCUUUGCCGUCCAGGAGAACACGGACAACACGGUGGAGGCCAGGCUCUUUGAAGCCCUCCUGAAGACGCGCCUCAUCCAGGAUCGCCAGAGCUCCAACUAUCACCGGUGCGGACGCACAGACAAAGGUGUCAGCGCCUUUUCCCAGGUGAUAACAAUCGACCUGCGCUCCACACAGUGUUCCGGUUUGGGCGUCUCCGUUCCUGAAAACAGUAAACAGGACACCGCCGCCGCCCCAGAGCUUCCCUACGUGAAGAUGCUGAACAGAGUCCUACCUCGGGACAUCCGGAUUUUAGAGUGGGCUCCUGCCGCUGAGGGCUUCAGCGCCCGUUUCGAUUGCCAGUCCCGCACGUACCGCUACUACUUUCCGCGAGGCUCUUUAGAUGUGGCGGCCAUGGCGGACGCAGCGAAAAGGUACGAAGGCACCCAUGAUUUCCGUAACCUGUGCAAGAUGGACGUGGGCAACGGCGUCCUGCAGUUUGAGAGGACCAUCCUGUCGGCGACAGUCGAGCCGGCGGACCCCCAACGCGCCGACGGCACGGACCCGCAUGACUUGUUUGUGUUUGAGAUUAAAGGACUCGCCUUCCUCUACCACCAGGUUCGCUGCAUGAUGGCUGUGCUGCUCCUGAUUGGACAGAAGCUGGAAGCCCCAGAAAUUAUCCACAGCCUCCUCGAUGUUCACAAUAACCCCAGAAAGCCGCAAUACAGCAUGGCGGUGGACUACCCGCUGGUCCUCUACGACUGCCACUUUGACGGCCUGAGCUGGAAGCGGGAUGCCGAGGAGCUGGGUCUCGCCCUGUCUUCUCUGCAGCAACACUGGACGGAGAGCGCCGUCAAGGCUCACGUUCUACGCGACAUGAUUCGAGGCUUGGAGGCUACAAGCGGGGUGUCAUCCGGCCUAUGCCUGCUGGUGGAAGGCAGCCGGCAGAGGAAGUACCGGCCCUUGCUGGAGCGUCCGCUCUGCGAGAGCUUGGAGUCACGCAUCGAGCACUUUGUCAAGAGAGGCCGGCUGGAGCGGGAGCAGGACGAAGCCGGUGGAGAAACUCUUCACAAAGGGAAGCGGUCCAAAUACUCCCAAAAUUCAACAGGUGCUGCUGAGGUGGUCAACGUGAGUCCAGAAUAAAAA